AGUCCUGUACGAGCCGCACACCUCAGAUGAACAGGUAGGACAGAGACCAGAGCGUCCAACAAGCUGCAACUGCUCCAGAACUCACUUCCCCUCAGCAGACCGACCUCCAGGCCCCGUGACCCGCGUCUCAGAGGUUCCGCCCGAAGGCUUCGUUUGGACCGUCUGCGGCGGUCGGAUUUCCUCUGAGCGGCUUUUCUGAAAAAAAGCUGCCAUCAUGUCGACGGCUGUGGAAGCGACCGGGCUCAUCAUGUGCAUCAUCAGCUGGCUGGUCACCGGAGCCUCGCUGGCCAACGACUACUGGAAGAUCUCCACCGUGUCCGGCAGCGUCAUCAUCUCCGUGAGGGAGUUUGAGAACUUGUGGCACACCUGCGCCGAAAACAGCGCGGGUAUCGCAGAGUGUCGGGACUUUGAGACGCUGCUCGGCCUCCCCGCUCACGUGCAGGCGUGUCGGGCCCUGAUGAUCAUCUCUCUGCUGCUGGGCCUCGGCUGCAUGGUCGUCGCCCUGCUCGGAGUCAAGUGCAUCAAGAUCGGCUCCGCCACCGACCAGUCCAAGGCCAAGAUCGCCUUCACCGGAGGAAUCCUGGGCGUCCUCGCCGGUCUGUGCAGCCUGAUCGCUUGUUCCUGGUACGCCUACCGAGUGGUCCAGGACUUCAACGACCCGUUCCAAGGCGGCAUGAGGUUCGAGCUGGGCACCGGCCUCUUCCUGGGAUGGGGCGGAGCCUCUCUCUCCUUCCUGGGCGGAGCUUUACUCUGCACCGCCUGUAGAAGAGCAUCAGCUGGAGACAAGAAGGGAGCUUACUAUGGAAACCCACCAAAGAAGGUCUACACGGCAACAGCGAAGACAGAUCCAGACUCAGCCAGAGCCUACGUCUAAACACACACACACACACUCACUCACACAAGCACUAUACUACCUGUACUCUUUCAUAGAAGCUUCCCUUCUAGGGUUAGCUAUGUCGUGAAUCAUGGAAUCCAGUUUAGAAAAAGCUUUCACCACAAAAAUAAAGCAACUCGUCCCCAGAAGGACAACUACACAAACUGUACACACUACACACACUGUACACACUGUACACACUGUACACAUGACACAAACACACUGUACACACUACACACUGUACACACUACACACACUGUACACA